AUGAACCCCGGCCUGCGCCGUCCCUCGACCACCUCGCAAAAGGGCUCGGACCACUUUUACGAGUCGAAACACUCGGCCUCCGACACCUCGCUUGCUGAAAAGUACGGCAAGGUGGCGACCGAGCUCGGCCGUGGUGCCAACGCCGUCGUCCGCCUGUGUUGCCCGAUGAACUCGGAAAAAAAGUAUGCCGUCAAGGAAUUCCGCAACCGAAGACGAAAUGAGGGCCAGAAAGAGUAUGUCAAGAAGCUCAUUGCCGAGUUCUGCAUCAGCUCGACCCUAGACCAUCCUAAUAUCAUCAAAACUGUCGACCUGAUCAAAGACGAGAAACACAAGUGGUGUGUCGUCAUGGAGUACUGUCGCGACGGCGAUCUCUACGCCAAGAUCCACGCCGGCCAGCUCACCGACCUCUACGAGUCGUAUUGCUACUUCCGCCAGCUCAUUGAGGGUGUCAAGUAUCUGCAUAGCAUGGGUGUCGCUCACCGUGACUUGAAGCCAGAAAACCUCCUGUUGGACGACGACGGAAAAAUCCUCAAGAUCACCGACUUUGGUGUCUCCGAGGUCUUCAAGACGCCCUUUGGCAAGCCCACCAAGGCCAAGGGUCUCUGUGGAUCCGGGCCCUAUAUCGCCCCAGAGGAACACACCGACCCUGAGUAUGACUCACAACUGGUCGAUAUCUGGGCCAUGGGCAUCAUCUUCUACAUCAUGGUCAACAAUGCCAUCCCGUGGAGAAGCGCCGAGGAAACCGAUGCGCGCUUCAAGUACUAUCUCGACCACCGCAGCUCCUUCUGGCCCUUUGAGCAGCUGGCCCCUGGCCCGAGAAAAGUCAUUUACGGCAUGCUCGAUCCUUCGCCCUUGACGCGAUUCUCCCUCGACAAGCUCAUCGCGGACGAGUGGAUCCAGACUCUCCAGUACUGCACCCCCGAGCGGCAAUCCAGCAACCAUGUACAUACCAAGGGCCCCGGCGCCAACUAA